ACAACUGCUUCGUCUCAGUUUUGACUUUAUUUUCUUCCUCAGAAUUCAAUUUUCCUCUCUUGAAUUCUAGUUUUCUCAAACAGAGCUCUCACCUAACCAGACUUUCUCCUUUAAAAAAAAGAAAAAAGAAACACUAAAACCUAAUCUUCAAUAAAACCUAUGAACUAGUAGCACUAGUAGAAAUUGACUAGAAUUCAGAUACCAAAAAUGGCUACCGAGUCAUCAGAUCCUGAACAGCCCAGGCUAUCAUUUUUCGGAAAGUCAGAUAAGUCCACAGAUGAGAUCGACAAUGCAAGAGAACCACUUCUUAAUGGGGAUCAUUCUUUGGAGAGUUACUCUGUUCUGUCAGCAAUCCCACCGUUUUUCUUCCCAGCGAUUGGGGGAUUGUUGUAUGGCUAUGACAUCGGUGCUACAUCUGGAGCCACAAUUUCUUUGGAGUCAGCUGCACUGAGCGGGACCUCAUGGUAUAAUUUGUCAUCUGUGGAGAUUGGGAUCGUUGUCAGCGGUUCAUUGUAUGGGGCCUUGAUUGGUUCUAUCUUGGCUUUUACCAUCGCUGACUUCCUAGGAAGACGAAGGGAGUUGAUUACGUCCUCUUUGCUUUAUCUUAUUGGAGCUCUAGUAACAGCAGUUGCACCCAACUUUGCGAUUUUGGUGAUCGGACGCGUAAUAUAUGGUAUGGGAAUUGGACUGGCAAUGCAUGCUGCUCCAAUGUACAUUGCUGAGACUGCACCAAGUCAGAUACGAGGACGACUGAUUUCUCUUAAAGAGCUCUUUAUAGUUCUAGGAAUGCUUUUAGGUUAUACAGUUGGCAGUCUGGAAAUUCAUAUAGUUGCAGGAUGGCGUUAUAUGUAUGCUACUAGUAUUCCUGUAUCUUUGCUUAUGGGAAUUGGAAUGUGGUGGUUGCCUCCAUCACCACGAUGGUUGUUAUUAUGCGCCAUACAAGGGAAGGGAAAUACAGAGGAGGCAAGAGAAACUGCAAUAUGUUGUUUGUGCCGGCUGAGGGGUGAAGCCAUUGGUAAUUCAGCUCCAGAACAAGUAGAUGAAAUGCUGAAUGAGCUUUCUUAUGUUGAAGGAGAAAAGGAGUCCUCAUUCAGGGAUAUUUUUGAAGGAAAGUGCUUGAAAGCACUUACUAUUGGUGCUGGAUUGGUUUUGUUCCAGCAGAUCACAGGGCAACCAAGUGUGUUAUAUUAUGCUGCAACAAUUCUCAAGAGUGCAGGGUUUUCUGCUGCAUCUGAUGCUACCCGGGUCUCAAUUCUUCUAGGUUUACUGAAGUUGAUAAUGACUGGAGUAGCGGUCCUUGUGGUGGAUAAACUUGGGCGAAGACCUUUACUGCUUGGCGGUGUCAGUGGCAUCGCAGUUUCUUUGUUCUUACUUGCAUCAUAUUACACUUUCUUGAAUAAUGCACCAUUCAUUGCUGUUUGUGCCCUAUUGCUGUAUGUUGGAUGUUAUCAGCUAUCCUUUGGACCUAUUGGCUGGUUAAUGAUUUCGGAGAUUUUCCCAUUGCGUCUUAGAGGACGUGGAUUAAGUAUCGCAGUUCUUGUGAACUUUGCUUCAAAUGCACUAGUCACGUUCGCUUUCUCUCCAGUUGAGACAUUGAUUGGGGCCGGAAUGCUGUUUGUUGUAUUUGGGGUGAUAGCUCUACUGGCCCUCGUCUUCAUAUACUUCAUUGUGCCAGAAACUAAGGGGCUGACACUUGAGGAAAUAGAGGCCAAGAUUCUGUAAAAGCAAUUUCAUCAUUCUUCAUGUUGAUGUAAUAGUUUCUCACUUAUAUUAGAACUAUCUGUUGUUGACCAGCAAUUCGCGGUAAGACGGUGCACUUUAGACAUCAGUUUCUUUUCGAUAUGGUCUUUUGCAUAUACAGUAAUUGUAAAACCAUAAAUUGAAACCCCUCUUCUGAAGUAAGGGUUCUGUAAAAGUAAAUCAUUUUGGAAGUACAGUUGUGAAGUUACAGAAGUUGCUGCAAUUAACAUCUAUGUAUUUUUGAUAAGCAACAUAUAUGUAAAGGAACUGCUGCAUAUUGAUACCAAAGUUGGAGAA